AUGGAAAUCAACAAUCAAAACGAGUUGGCCCCUUCUUAUGAUGACGUUCUGAAUGAAGAAUAUGAGGCCCAGCAGCGAGAAAAUGAAUUUGCAUUAUUUCAAAUCCCCGGCUUAAAACGAAAAAUGAAGAAAUUUGCAAGAAAAAGCGUCACAGUUCCAUGGCUCUACGACUACAGAGGAUAUAUUAUUGUCGGACGGUCUGAGAAUGGUACUGUCCAGUUGUUGCAGUUUUUGGAAGGACUGCAAAAUUCGCGCAUGAUGACAGCGACGAUCGGGUCAGAUGCCGACAUCGACAUUUCUGGGACGCCAGUUUUUGCAAUGGGAUCGCUGCCAGAUGCUCGACAAAUGAAUAUCGUCAGUGUUGACGACUUCAUUGCAAUCACCGACGAUAGGCUUUUCCAAACAAUGGAGCUUGAGAAUCAAGGAACUCAGCUUGCGAUUAAAAUGGACGACGACGGAGAACUUCAUUACCACAUGGUACGAAUCUACUCAAUUACUCUGUAA